GAACAACAGCGUGUUGGAACAUCCUCGGCUCUUCACUUCCUAGUGUGGCGUCGGACUCUCUCCGUUCAACACAUGCAGUCCGGGCCCGGAGGUAGAAAGAUCCAAUCUGUCCGCUGCUCUCACUGCGGGAUUACAGGAGAGGUGGCGCGAUUUGGGGAACUGAAAAGUUUGGAUUAUGUUAAGUUUUUCACCGCGUCACUGGACGGAGAGGCUUUGAUUAGGUUUUUCCUUCACCUGGAAGCAUAAAGUCUGCGCUGCGGCCGCACACCGGGCCUACCUGUGCGGUCUUGUCCGCACCUCAAGGAGGGGAGGGCGCGACGCCAGUAGGCAUACCUUUUGCCUUAUAAGUUUCUCUCUCUCUCUCUUUUUCUUCCUUCCUUUCUUUUUACUCUGCUGCACCCCAUUUCUCUCUCUCUCUCUCUCCCUCCUCGCUCUUCACAAGCCGGCGGAUAAGGGAUCUAAACGCCGAAAUGUCGACAAACGAAAGGGCAACCCGAGCUCUUAAAGAGAUUCUGCAAAAGCCGGGAAAUGACGUCUGCGCAGACUGCGGCGCGCUGGAUCCGGGUUGGGGCUCCUGCUCCCUUGGUGUGUUCAUCUGUCUGGACUGCUCUGGAAUCCAUCGCAACAUCCCCGAAAUCUCCAAAGUCAAGUCCCUGAGACUGUCCCACUGGGAGGACCAGGAGGUUCAGUUCAUGGCUGAAAAUGGAAAUGAGCUAAUGAAGGCAAAAUAUGAGGCGGAUGUUCCUGUCUACUACUACAAACCAACCCACAAGGACUGUCAGGUGCUGAGAGAGCAGUGGAUCAGAGCGAAGUACGAGAGGAAAGAGUUCUCGAAACCUGGGAAGAGCUUGACGUACGAAUCAGAAACGAGAGAGGGCACGUUGAUGAAAAGGGGGCGGGACAACGGGCAGUUUCUGAACAGGCGAUUCGUCCUUUCUGAACGAGAGGGCAAUCUGAAGUACUACACCAAAUAUGACGCUAAGGAGCCCAAAGCAGUGAUUAAGGUGGACACCAUCAAUGCGACAUUCCAGCCAGAAAAGAUCGGAAAUCCCAACGGCCUGCAGAUCACCUACCUUAAAGACUACAGCACCCGGAAUAUCUUUGUGUAUCAUGACAGUGGCAAGGAAAUUGUUGACUGGUUUAAUUCAAUCCGUGCCGUUCAGCUUCAGUAUCUAAGAGUGGCCUUUCCCGGCGCAACUGAUGCUGAGCUCGUACCCAAACUUACUCGAAACUUUGUCAAAGAAGGAUACAUGGAAAAAACCGGCCCCAGGCAAACCGAAGGCUUCAAGAAGCGCUGGUUCACUCUGGAUCAGAGACGGCUGAUGUACUUCAAAGAUCCACUGGAUGCCUUCGCUAAAGGUGAGGUAUUCCUGGGGAACAAUGACAACCAUUACAGUGCUUCUGCCGGCUUACCGCCUGGGACCCACUGCAACGGCGCUUGGCAAUAUGGCAUCACUAUAGAAACACCUGACCGCUCCUUCCUGUUUACGUGCGAGACGGAGAGUGACCAACUGGAUUGGCUGAAGCACUUCAAGAAUGUCAUGAACACUCAGAUGUCCCCUCAAGAUUACACAAUGGAGGCCCUGUUAAAGCACCGACACUGACAGACCAGAGGCCGUUUCUCCCCUCAACACCCACCAUCAGUCUGACGGGCCCAACACUGACCCUGCUACUCACAAGCUGGCGCACGUCACAUUAUCCCAAAUAUGUGGACUUCUGGAGUAAAAGUGAGAACAAAUGUACCAAAGCAUUGUCUGAUAGGGUUAACUGUGCUUUAAUUUUGAUACCACUUUUUUUUUUUUGACCCUUGUAUCAUGAAAGCUUUUUACCGUAGAACAAAGUUAGUUACGUGUCCCGAGUCAGUCACAAAGACAUGUUUUCUAUCUUUAUUACUCGUGGCUUAUAGCUAAUGGUGUAUAAUAAUAAUAAUAAUAAUAACAUGCAACAAUAAACUGUUGUGUGAAAUGUUGACACUAGUAAUUAAUUGAAUCCAUAUAUGUAUAUUCUAUCUAGCUAUAUCUCUCUCUAUCCAUCUGUCUAUCUAGCUACAAAGCAAGCUAGUUAUUUUUGUAUCUAACUAGAUACAAAACUAGCUAUUCUUUUAGCUAGCUAGCUGACUAUUUUUGUAGCUAGCUAGCUAUUUUUCUGGCUAAAUAGAUAUUUUUCUAACUAGCUAGCUUAAAUUAUGUAAUGGUAAAAGAUGCUUUUUUCCUAUUGUGUUGGCUAUUUCUCCCUAAGUGUUUAUGUUUUGAAUUUGUAAUUUCUUUUUUACUGCUAGUAAAGUUUUAGGUAUAUGCAUGGUUAUGGGAAACACUAUGGUCAAAGCUUUAUGGAUACCCAAAUGUUGGAGCUUUUUUUUUAGCUGUUGUGGUUACAAGGCUUGGUAUUCUGUACAGUAAAUUACAAAAAAAAAUUUAUUUUUUGCAAUGUUCCUAUGGGUCAAAAUGUUGUCAUUUAUUAGAGAAGAAAAAGAAUCCUAUUAUUGACUUAGCAGAAUUUUAAUUUUCUAGUUGUAACAUAUACCUAUAUUUUUUGAUUACUUCUCCCAAAAGAUCAGAUCGUCUGUUACUUUUUUUUAUUCAAAAAGACAUAUGCAUGCUUUUUAUAGUAUUCUUACAAAAAAAGUACAUAUGGAAGCCAAUUUAAAAAUCUAUUUUGAGCAAGGUGCUGAAAACAACUCCAGCAGUUGUAUGACUUAGCAGCACCUCCAUGUGGUGCAACACUUUAUCAAAACUAAAACAUUUUUACAAAUUUAUUUAUCCAACACCUGCGGUCGUGCUAAAAGGAAACCCUACCCUCUAUUUAUUUUAUAGAGGGUAGGGUUGAUCAUAAAAUUUAAUUUUAGGAUUUUAUUUUACGAUCGAUCUGUUUUUUAAAGUUCAAAAACAUUUAAAGCCUAAUCUCAAGUUUACAAAAUAUAUACAACUCUAGAAAUUGAUGAGGAUAUUUUUGCCAUGGCUGUUACUGUUGCCUUUUCAUUUUGUGAUUUCUCUGUAAUUUCAAAAUGUACUCGUCUCAGUUUAAUUUCCAUUAGAAGUACUUUCUUGACUCACAAUUGCUGACUUGCAAAAAAUAUUGACUAAUAAAAACCUGAUUUCUCAAAAAAAAAAAAAA